GAGGUGGGGAGCUGCACACACGCGCACACACGCUCUGACUGGCUCUCUAAAUCCACAUUGCUAUCACCACUGGAUCCUUUGCAGGCACUGCCUCUGGGGCUGGGAGAUACACACACACAGAGGACUGUCAUGCUGUCAGAUACACGCCAACAGCACAGCAGCUGAACCCAGCAAGGGCAGCCGGCUGAGGAUUCGCUGUGUUACUUCCAAGCAAGAGGCAGAAGGAGGGUUAGGAGAGGCGUUUUGCUGCGAGAGAGGGCAGGGGAGCUCCUGGGGCUUGUUGUUGUUAUCGUUCUCGGCUUGUUUUUUGAGCUGGGAAACCAUGCGGGAUUCCUGGAAGAGGCUUCCAUAGGCUGCCGUGUGAUCUUACUGAGCUCGUACUUGACCCUGCCAUGGCUUGGCAGGCGUGAGGGCACAUUCCAGGCAGAUGCUGUUCCACUCUGGUGCCUGUGCCCAGGACUAACCCAACCUGCAGCAAGCGAGUGUGCAGAACCGGCAGGGACUGGAGUUCAGCUGAGGGACCAUCUGACCCACAGCCCAGCCUAGGAGCCCAAAGGGAUGUGGAAACACAGGAUCACUGGACUCUGUGCAUGACCCAGCCCUUCCCACAGGCGACGGAAUGGAAAGGUUACAGAAGCAAUCUUUGACCUCCCCUGGGAGCGUCUGUUCCUCCCGCGGGUCCAGCAUCCCUGGAUCGCCCUCCAGCAUUGUGGCCAGAAUGGACAAUGAGGUUCUGGGCUAUAAGGACUUGGCGGCCAUUCCCAAGGACAAGGCGAUCUUGGACAUCGAGCGCCCUGACUUAAUGAUCUAUGAGCCCCAUUUCACCUACUCCCUCAUGGAGCAUGUGGAGUUGCCGAGGAGCCGAGAGCGGUCCCUAUCCCCCAAAUCCAUCUCUCCUCCUCCUUCUCCAGAAGUCAUCCGGGACUGGAUUGAAAACAAGUCCCUAGGAAGUGCCUCCCAGGCAGCUAGUCGCCGGACCAGCAGCACAGCCCGGAGCGGAGUGCAUCACUUCCACCGACCUGAGACCAACACCAUGGAGUUGAACAUAUACAAGAAGCCACCGAUCUACAAGCAGAGAGAGCCCUCGACGGGAGCCCCACAGAGCAAGCACAUGAUAGAAGACCAGAUCAUUGAGUGCUCCAAGUUCCCAGCAGCCCAGGCUCCGGACCCCAACCAGCCAGCCAAGAUCGAGACAGAUUAUUGGCCCUGCCCUCCCUCCCUGGCAGUCGUAGAGAAGGAGUGGAGGCAGCGGAUGGCCUCCAAGAAAGGCAUGGAAGAAGAGGAGGAUCUCACGGAGGAAAUGACUAACCUGCGUGAGCUACAGAAACAGGAGCUGAGUAAGGUCACCUCAAACCUCGGGAAGCUGAUCCUGAAGGAGGAGAUGGAGAAAUCUCUUCCCAUCCGGAGGAAAACCCGCUCGCUCCCAGACCGAACGCCCUUCCACACCGCUCUGCACCUGGGGAAUUCCAGAUCCUCCACCCUUCCUGCCUAUGGGAGAAGUACCCUCACCAGGCUGCAGUCAGCAGAGUUCAGCCCAGCCAGCAGCGAGAAGGGGAGCCCAGACCUGCAGAAUGGCCAGCGGGGGAGGAUGGACAGAGGGAACUCCCUGCCCAGCAUGCUGGAGCAGAAGAUUUACCCCUAUGAGGUGCUGAUGGUGACGAACAGGGGUCGUGUGAAACUGCCUCCAGGAGUGGACAGAACAAGACUAGAGAGGCACCUGUCCCCAGAGGAUUUCCUGCGUGUCUUCGAGAUGUCCCUGGAGGAGUUCAGCAAGCUGGCCCUGUGGAAGCGGAAUGAGCUGAAGAAAAAAGCUUUCCUGUUCUGAGCCGAGUGCCCGGCCUGAGCCAACCCUAGCCGUGAUCUCAGUUAGUGUCAAACACAAUCUCGCAUCACAGCUGCUUUAGGGCUACUGAGCCAGUUUUAACACCUGCCUCCCCUCCCCAAAGCCCCUCAGGCACGUUGAUCCCUCAUUCCCAGUUUUGCCUCUCACUGAGGGAUAUCAGAGAGCCUCACCCUGCCCAAACCUUCCCCCUCACACGCCCAGGGGGGCCGCUGGCAAUGCUGGUGGGCUACUCAGUCUGGGUCAAACCUCUUUAAUGGAGCCAGGGGAGGGAGAGUUGAACAAGUGGAAGAAGGAGCAAGCAAACCCUUGUCAGCCAAGGUCCCUGGGCUGGGUGAUGUGUAGGGGCUUAUCAGGGGCAGGGCAUCAGUGUCCCUCUUUGCCUGUUGGGGUCGCAGCUGGUUCAGCCAGGAUGGGAGCCAUAGCUACUGGCGGGGGCUCUGGCAAGGGCCCUGACUCAGCUUGGGCAGUGGACAGGACAGGGACACACCAUAAUGCUCGGUUGCUGGACGCAUGCUGGUUUAGGUGUAAGGGAAGUCGGGGCUGCUUCUACCUUGCUGCUGGGCCCUGACUGGCUCCCCCACUUCAGAACCCUGCACCCAGCCUUACUGCUUAUCUCCGGGCCAGCCUCCCUCCCUGUCAACACUGGGCAGGGCGCAUGUAUACAUCUGAUUAGCUGUAAGCCUGACGUGGGCCAUGGGGGCUGCCGAGUGUUGCCAUGAGUUCCUGCCGAGUUCCUGCCAUGAGGGCAGGGGACUGGACUCGAUGACCUCUCGAGGUCCCUUCCAGUCCUAGAGUCUAUGAGUCUAUGGCUGCGUUUCUGAGUGUCCUGUCAGCAAUGGGGUUGCCAUUUGCCUAGAGUAGGCUCCAAAGAACCAUGAUCUUCAUUAGCAGCCACUCCCCAUGGAUCCACCCACAGUCGGGGCCCCAUCCACAUAAUCAAACGCCCUUCAGUGGAGCUGGGAGGGGGCACAAGAGCCUCUCGUUGGAGAGAAACUGGAGAAUCAGAACGAACCCUUCUGAGGUCAUCUCUGUCUCGCUCUUGCUCACUCCUGGCCUCCCCCUCCCCACUCCCACCAUCCCUCCCCCUAAAUUCAAUCCCUAGGUGGACUUGACCGAGCACCUCCAAGUUCUCAACCCAAUGGCCCAGGCUCUUAAACCACAGAGCUCCCCACUAAGGCUACAGCCCCCACUCUCCACCCCUUGAAGCUGCCUCUGGGGGAGAGUUGCUUUUAGCUCGAUUGUUUCAGGCCUUAGUAUUUGAUGAUUUUGCUCCUGCCCCUUUGUGGAGCCUUAGUCGAAGCCCAGCAGCUGCCCCGCCAAGCCCAAGGCCUUUUCCAGGUUUAACAGAGGAGUUUGCCUGAGCAGUGAGAGACUCAGGGCUUGAGGCUGGAGCCUAGAGGCAGCCCAUCACAUUCUCUCCAGUCUGGCAUGCAAUCUCUGGCAGCCAUCCCACUCUGUCCCCCUCAGGCCUCCCAGCUAGGAUUUCCGCCUCCCUGUGUACCUCGUGGGGCAAUAACCCUCUGCUGUGAAAACCACACCAUCAGUACACUGCAACAAACUGCAGGCUGUCCCUUGGUGACAUGCCAGGUGAGGUCCGACUCUGGCUUCCCAGCCGCAGUGUAUAACCAACCAGGGCUCAGACAAGCCAGCUCUCUCUAUGCCCAAGGAUGGAAUUUCAUCAGGUAGUGACAAUAUUUUAGAGCCAGUGCGGGUGAGGGGAUGCCUGUGUCAAUGCUAGGUGAAGGAGCAGAGAGGAUGCCAAGGCAGGGGGCUCUGUGCAGCUGCCUCAGUAGCUAGGAAGUGACAAGCAGAGACUGAUGUGGUGCCGAUCCCUUGUGGACCUCGGCCUCAUUGCCAGGCCCUGGAGUUUGGAAAUAAUCACCCAAGAUUGACCUACAUCCUGCACACAACCCUGCCCAAGCCCCGUCCUCCGCACACUUCAGAGAGCAGUGUGUCCUGGAAAUGGCAGGAAAUGUACCAGUAUCCUGGGGGGUUGUUCCACGCCAUGCUUCUUGUUUGCCAGAGGGCGAGCUCAGCUUCCAGCCCAGCUGCACUCCCUCCCCACCUCAGAGCCACCUCUGAGAUCUCUCAACCAACCUUGAUCAAAGGGGAUCCAAUGAGCCUAUGUUUGGAUCAGCUGGCCUGUCUCGGGCAGACUCUUACCCAGCAGGGCAGGAGCAUUCUAGAGGGGUGAGCCAUGCUUUUCUCUGAAACAUCAGGUGUUGGCAGGAUAUUGGCUUGACAGCCCGCCCCUGCACAUGGAUGUCUGUGGGAGCUCCCUAUGUGGGGCACAUGCAGGACAGUCUAGUGGUCUGAUCACCCAUCCCAUCUGGGCUACAGCACUUUACAUGCCUCCAGGAACAAACCCAAGGAGCUAACAAUUUCCUUUGCUUUGGGAGUCUUUUUAAAAGUCAAAAUAACCAGCGGUCGAAUAGGGAACUGGCCCAUUAGCCAAACGAUUUCCUGGUCUGCUGCUCCUUUCAGACCCCCUUCUGGGUCCUUUUUCUACUGUGCCCCAUGUCUGCUUUGCAGCGCUGGCCUGAGACCCAUCCUCCUGCGCUUUCCCUUUCCAACCACUGCCCCACCACUACACUCUGUCGGGAUGUAAAGAAUGUAAUUUAUUGGGAAAUCCCUGGCCCAUACUUGCCUUUCACUGCUACUUAUACGACAUAUCUAUAAAUAUAUAUAUAUAAAUAUGGAUUUUUUUCUGAUUUGAAUACAGUGAUUCCCUUUUCUCUGUUUAUUUUUUGCUGGUGUCGGAGAUUCCACGUGAGAGUGAUUUUUUGCUUAUAAUUAAAGGUGAAAUGGCUUUAUUCAA